AUGGCGCUUGAAGCUAAGAACAAGCUCCAGUUUCUCGAUGGGUCUUUGCCCAAGCCCAUUCCUACCUCUGCCAAUCUCCCACAUUGGGUUUGCUACAACAGCAUGGUGAGAUCAUGGAUCGUUCAUUCCAUUGUUCCCACCAUUGCUCAUAGCAUAUUUUGGAUUGAUUCUGCCCGAGAUGCUUUGCUCGAUUUGCACGAUCGAUUCUCUCAGAAGAAUGCUCCUCGGAUCUUCGAAAUUCGUAGAUCCAUUUCAACAUUGAAUCAAGGUAUUGACUCCAUAUCAGCCUACUAUACCAAAAUGAAGAGCCUUCAUGAUGAAUUAUCUUCAUACCAAGCACUGCCCCACUGCGCUUGUGGAACCGCUACCACACUCCAAGAACACCUUGACUCCAAUUCCUUAACGGACUUCCUACAAGGUUUAAAUGAAUCUUACUCUGCCAUCCGCAGUCAGAUCCUAUAA